CCAAUACCCCGCAUGAUAAAGGCCUUGUGGCCGCGUUCGUACCGCUUCGCCGCUUGCCCCUCUACUGGUUUCUCGUUCCACUCGGUUCCUUUCUCUCAGUUCUCCCCUUUUCCUAAAACGGACUCCAGUGUAUUUUAAAAUUAUUCUCACUUCCACUUGAACGGGACGUCGGCUCCAGCGACCGCCGCCAUGGCCAGCGCGAAGCACCUCUCCGUCCUCCGCCGCGCCCUCCCCGCCGGUCGCCUCCUCUCCACCGCCGCGGCCUCCGCAGCUCCUCUUCCGGUGGAGGACGCGGCGGAGGACGUCAUCUCCAUGAAGGGAGUCCGCAUCUCCGGCCGCCCCCUCUACCUCGACAUGCAGGCCACCACCCCCGUCGACCCCCGCGUCCUCGACGCCAUGCUCCCCUUCUACCUCUCCCGCUUCGGCAAUCCCCAUUCCCGCACCCACUUGUACGGCUGGGAGUCCGACGCCGCUGUCGAGGCCGCCCGCUCCCAGGUCGCCGCCCUCGUCGGCGCCAACCCCAAGGAGAUUUUCUUCACUUCUGGCGCCACGGAGUCCAACAACAUCUCCGUCAAGGGCGUCAUGCACUUCUAUCGCGACAAGAAGCGCCAUGUCGUCACCACCCAGACCGAGCAUAAGUGCGUCCUCGACUCCUGCCGCCACCUUCAGCAAGAGGGCUUCGAGGUUACCUACCUCCCCGUCGGCCCCGACGGCCUUGUCGACCUCGACCGCCUCGCCGCCGCCAUCCGCCCGGGCACAGGCCUCGUCUCCGUCAUGGCCGUCAACAACGAGAUUGGCGUCGUCCAGCCCCUCGAGGAGAUCGGCCGCAUAUGUAAGGAAAAAGGCGUCCCCUUUCACACCGAUGCCGCCCAGGCGCUCGGCAAAAUUCCUAUUGAUGUCGAGAAGAUGGGGAUCGGUCUCAUGUCCCUCAGCGGGCACAAGAUCUACGGGCCCAAGGGCGUUGGCGCCCUCUACCUCCGCCGCCGCCCCCGGAUCCGGGUGGAGCCCCAGAUGAGCGGUGGCGGCCAGGAGCGCGGCAUUCGCAGCGGCACCGUCCCCACGCCGCUUGUCGUCGGGAUGGGUGCUGCCUGCGAGAUCGCCACGAAGGAAAUGGACUACGAUGGCCGCCGCAUUGCCGCCCUCCAGGAGCGGCUCCUCAACGGAAUCCGGUCGCGGCUCGAUGGCGUGGUGAUCAACGGGAGCGUCGAGCAUCGGUAUCCGGGGAAUUUGAACCUCUCGUUCGCGUACGUGGAGGGGGAGAGUUUGCUGAUGGGGCUGAAGGAGGUGGCGGUGUCGAGCGGGAGCGCGUGCACCAGCGCCAGCCUCGAGCCGUCCUAUGUGCUAAGGGCGCUCGGGGUGGACGAGGACAUGGCUCACACCUCGAUCCGGUUCGGUAUUGGGAGGUUCACCACCGAGGCCGAGAUCGACCGGGCGAUAGAGCUCACUGUGAAGCAAGUAGAGAAGCUGAGAGAGAUGAGCCCGCUAUAUGAGAUGGUAAAGGAAGGGAUUGAUCUCAAGAGCAUCCAGUGGGCGCAACAUUGAGGACAGGGGAUUGGAUUCGCUGUAGUACACGUAUGAUUGGAGAUAGAAGAUAGAAGGAGGAGAAGAAAAAAGAGUGCGGGGUUUUAGAGCUCUGGAGCUAGUGGAAUGUGGCUGCUUUCUCUCCAGGUUCUACUUCCUCUUCUUUGUGGUUUAGUGUGCAUAUUUAUGUACUAGAAUGACUGCUUCAGAUGAAUCGCUUUGCACAUGUGACAGUCUUCUCCUUUUAUCUUACCUUUGCAUGAAAAGGUCUAAUUUUGGAUUGAGUGGACUGAAAAAUAACAAAAGUACAGGGAUGGUAUGUGUUAUAUAUACCAUAGAAUGGCUCCGUGAGGGCAUGUUGGUUUGAAUGCCAUGCUCAGGUGAAGGCAUUGGUUCCAUGUUCUGUUUCUUAUCUUUUUGAUGGCAAUGAAAUGCUCAGUUCAUCUUUA